ACACGUCUCCUCGGGUGAAUAUCAUUUGCGUCAACAUUUGUACAAAGGACUUUUUCAAUCAAAUAUGGAAUCCUUUACAUUGUUGGUAAUGCUGGUACUUCAGUUUGGAUUUGGACAAAGCUCCCAUAAACAACCCCAUGAAGAUCAUUAUAUUGGCCAGCAGCACAACCCCGAACAUGACUUGAACAUCCUGCUGGGAGAUGAGGACACAGACAAAAUAAAGAAACUUAGCCCAGCAGAACAAAAGAAAAAGAUGAUGGAAAUUGUCAAGCGGAUUGAUACAAAUGCUGACAAUCAGCUAAAUGCAGAGGAGAUCACGCUAUGGAUUCAGCACGUCUAUAGAAAAUAUGCUCUGGAUGAUGCAAAGGAGCGGUUCCCUGAGUUUGACACUGACAAAGAUGGUGUUGUAACAUGGGAGGAAUACAACAUGGUCACUCAUGACCAGCUUAUUAGUUUUGAAGACGCUGUACUGGAGGAUCCAGAGCAAGAGUCUCUCAGAAACCUCCACCUGAAGGAGAGGAGACGCUUUGACUUUGCUGAUGUGGACGGCACAUCUGGGCUUAAUGUGACAGAGUUUCUCGCCUUCACCCACCCAUCUGAAGUGGAUCACAUGGCUGAUUUUGCCAUUGAAGAUGUGUUAAAUGAAUAUGACACUGAUAAAGAUGGACUCAUCAAUCUGAAUGAAUUCAUUGGAGAUGUCCGUGGUGAGGGUAAGAAAACAUAGAUUGUUUUAAAACAUGGAAGGAUCUGUUUGUUGUUAGUUUCUUCUGCUGUGCCCAAUUUUUCUCCCAAGUGCAACGUUAACACUUACUCUUGGUACCAGAGGAUUCCCCUACACAGUGGGAGAUUGAAGAAACAGUGCGGUUUAAAGACCUCUAUGAUCAAGAUAAGGAUGGCAAGUUGAAUCGAGAUGAGCAGCUCCGCUGGGUGGCCCCCAAUAGCUAUGGCUCGGCAAGAGAAGAGGCUCUUCACCUCAUCAAGGAAAUGGACCACGAUGGAGACGAGCAGAUCUCCGAGGCUGAAGUCUUGAAAAAUCAAGAAACAUUCAUGAACAGUGAAGUGACAGACUAUGGCAGACAGCUGCAUGCGUCACAUGAUGAACUAUAACUAGACUUUAUGUUCUUGUUUUCUCAUUUGUUUUCAUGAAGAUGUAAUGUUGUUUAUUAUCUUGUACUUCGACAUUAAUCAUGGGAUUUACAUCAUGGUUGAUCUUAUCUGUCAACAAGCAUUGGCAAUAUUAAUUGACACAGACAUAAUAACAUGAAAACAUAUAUGAUAACACCAGUAUAAUACAGCACAGGGUUCUCACCCUUCCUGAAAAACAGAUUUUCAGUCAUGGAAAACACAUGAGAGAAGAAGUCAAAUGUCCUACAAAAUUAUUUCAACAUUCUCCUAUUUCCCUUCAGCUGUCAAUUUACUACUAGCCUAUCUAUCAGAGCUCCGCAAAAUGGAUAACAUUGCCAUCUGAAAAGGCUAAAUUAUGUUCAGGAUCAUAUCAACGGUUGAAUGGUAGUUUAUGGACAAGAGUACAGGCUGUUGUUUAUGUUGUGGAAACACUGUAAACACCCCCAGGUCAUGUCACAUAGUAGCCAUCAAUGCCAGUAGCCAGUAAUACAGAUUACUACUGAAUUGGCCAACACUCUAAUAUGUCAUGUAAAUUACGGUCUCCUUCGAAUGUUAAUAUGAGUCGCUGCUGGCUGGUAAAUGUGGUCGUUUUUUAUCAUUAUAUUACUAUAUGAUCAAUGUCCAUGGAUCCUACCAAGCACUAAUAACCUAUUAUGGCAACUAAAUUGGAGUCUUACCUCUUCUCUUGGAUGGAUGGAUGGAUGGAUGAUCAAUGUGUCAUAAUUUCUAAGCAUGUAAUCAAUGAUUUAAUGGCUAAAUUAUAGCCAUAGACUUUACAUCUUAUAGGUCAGACUUCCACAGAGAGGAACAUAUUCCUGUCUAUCAUAGCAGCUAGACCCUCACUGAAAAUGUCCUGGAAAGGUUUUGUCAAAUCUAGAAAGUCUAGAAACGAGUGGGAACCCUAACAGCACCAACACAAGUUGCACAACUCUUAAAUUCCUUACACAUUUGCUAAAAGUAAACUGACAAGAGUAUCAGGCCAGUUGUUGUAAUCCCUGAUAUGUUGCAGCUCUUCCUCAUUUAAAUAAAGUGAGUGUUGUGUUCGAGGGCUGUUUCCUGAAUGUGUCAUGAUCUGUUUCACUUGCAUCAAGCAACAGCCUGUUACACUGCUGGGCAUUACAAAGUGACUUCAAGCUGAGUGGAUUCUCCAACAGGGACUACUUUUAACCAUCGACGAGAUGUCAUUACCAUUUAAAGACGCCUUUUGGGGAGUGGACUUCAUCAGUAAUACUGGAUAUGAGACUAUCAGUCUGAGACUUAAUGAUGGUCGACGGACAUGCAAAGACAUGGAGGAGCUCUUGAAAAUGAGGGCAUCAGCAGAGGAGAAAUAUGGCAAAGAACUGGUCACAAUCGCACGCAAGGCCGGGGGUUUAUAUGAGAUCUGCACUUUGAGAACAUCUUUUGAUGAAAUGAAAACACAACUUGAAAACGUAGGAAACUUUCACAUUCAGCUGUCUACAUUGCUGAAGGAGGAGGCGAAGAGAAUGGAGCAGUUCAGAGAGCGACAGAAAGAACAAAGGAAAAAGUUUGACGCCAUCAUGGAGAAGGUCCAGAAGACAAAAGUCUCUCUCUUCAAGAAAACAAUAGAUUCUAAAAGAUCUUAUGAGCAGCGCUGCAGGGAGGCAGAUGAGGCCGAGCAAACUGCCGAGAAGAUGGCCAGCGCUUCCACAGCUACUCCCAAACAGAUUGAGAAGAUGAACAACAAAUCUAAACAGUGCAGAGAAGCCGCAGUGGAGGCUGAGAAACAGUACAAGUCAAACAUUGAGCAGCUCGACAAGACUCGUAAAGAGUGGGAAUCAACACACAUCAACACAUGUGAGACGUUUCAGCAGCAGGAAGAGGACCGCCUCAGCGUACUAAGGAAUGCUUUGUGGGUGCACUGUAACCAUUUAUCAAUGCAGAGUGUUAAAGAUGAUGAGUGUUACGAGGAUGUGAGGACAACACUGGAACAGUGUGACAUCAUCGCAGACAUUAACAGCUUUGUGGAGAUAAAAAGCACCGGCUCGACCCCCUCAGCUCCAAUUGAAUACCAACCUUUCUAUGAGAAGGAUGCUGCAGAUGACAGAAAUGGCAGCGCUGGAUUUGUAGGAGGAGUGAUGAAAAGGUUUUCAAAUCUUCUGCAGUCGAACUGUUCCAUUGGAUCCAAAUGGAGUAUCAAUGAACCAGUUGCACAACCUACUGAAACAUCCGAGGGACUUUAUGCUUCCAUUACUGAAUGUCCUGGGUUCCAGACGAGCAGUGAGGGUUACAAGGUUGUGUACGACUAUGCGCCACAGGGAGAUGAUGAGCUCUCUGUGUCUGUCGGGGACGUGGUGGUUGUCAUAGAUCAAGGUGAGGAUGGCUGGUGGACGGUGAAAAGAAAUGGCCUCACUGGAUUGGUCCCGGGCUCUUACCUUGCCAAAGAAUGAGCUUACCUGACUACUACAGUCCCUUAUGUCAUAUUUUGUUCGGGCCUCGUCAUUUCAAAUUGCCUUAUAUUCAAGCUUAUUUGUCUUACAUAUUUGUGUUCGGACGCAUCAUUAAAGCCCCGUUGAGUAGGAUUUGAAAAUGGGACUGUCACAUACAGUAGCACGAGCCAGUUUGAAAUUAUUUAUUGGUAUGACACAUAUUCAUGUUGCUUGGCCCUUAUUGCUGUUCUGCUGAGUGCUCCUCAUGCCAAUGACAGCUGGGAGAUUAAGUGAUCUGUUGCACAAGGUCGCUGCACUAAGUUUAUUUAGAUUCUGUGGCACUCUUGUAUAUCUGCAGUCUAAAUUCUGAAGCAGAAUGCUUAAUUUCUGUUGUUGACCUGUAUAUAAUGUAUAUGUAUAGUUAUUGUUUCCAUCCUGAAUGUUAAUGUUGUUAUCAGAACAAUUAAACAAAGUAGCUGAAACGCAACCCGGCACUAUUCUUUGGUCUUGUGGCUGAGCAGUCUGCUGCCUCUGGUUCAAACGUAUCGGGUUACUGAGCAACGGGGGAGACAACUAUAUCUCAUGAUUCCAGUAAGAGCUGAUAUAUAAUAUGCAUGUGCUACAUGUUGAGCUCACGGUAACUUUGAAACCACGAAAAGCUACAAAGCCUAUAAGAUUAGACACAGACCAAUGCAUUUGACUAAAUAUGUAAACCUCUCCCUCAUGGGAAACUCCUGAACUUUGACCUCUCUUGUUGACUUGUGAAUAUGAACUUUGUCCAAACAGAAAGAAAAUAAAAACAUUUUGGGAAGCAA